AUGGCGCCGCAACUGGAACCAUUUUUCACGCAGGUUGAUGAAUUGUCAAACUCUUUUAUCGACCGGUUGCGAAAAGCUGUCGCGAUUCCAUCUAUUUCUGCGCAUGAUGAGAACAGGAAGGAUGUCGUCAGGAUGGCGCAUUUCCUUGCCUCCGAACUAGAGGCACUUGGGGCCGAAGUUGAACAACGACCCUUGGGUAAACAACCAGGCAAAGAGCAUCUUGACCUUCCCCCUGUUGUCAUCGCUCGGUAUGGCAACGAUAAAACCAAGCGGACGAUCUUAGUCUAUGGUCAUUAUGAUGUGCAGCCUGCCCUCAAAGAAGAUGGCUGGGCUACUGAACCUUUUGAAUUGACUGUAGACGAUCAAGGAAGAAUGUUCGGCCGUGGAAGUACAGACGACAAAGGUCCUGUUUUAGGUUGGCUGAAUGUCAUUGAAGCCCACCAAAAAGCCGGUGUCGAGCUGCCUGUCAACCUUCUCUGUUGCUUCGAGGGCAUGGAGGAGUACGGCUCGGAAGGUUUGGAGGAGUUCAUUCAAUCCGAAAGCAAGAAGUUUUUCAAGGACGCAGACGCUGUUUGCAUCUCGGACAACUACUGGCUCGGAACUGAGAAGCCCUGCCUGACGUACGGUUUGCGGGGUUGUAACUAUUACUCCGUCAGUAUUUCAGGACCCGCCCAAGACCUACACAGCGGUGUUUUUGGUGGUUCUACCCAUGAGCCGAUGACGGACAUGGUGAACAUCUUGUCGAAACUUGUUGACCCUCAGGGCAACAUCUUGAUUCCUGGCAUUAUGGACCUCGUUGCGCCCCUCACCGAAGAGGAAAACUCAUUGUACGGCAAGAUCAGCUAUACGAUGGAGAAUCUCCACGAGUCGCUAGGUAGUAAGACGAAUAUUCAUGCAACAAAAGAGAGAACACUCAUGGCAAGAUGGAGGUACCCAUCCCUAUCUAUCCAUGGCAUCGAGGGCGCAUUCUCCGCCCCUGGCGCCAAAACUGUUAUACCAGCGAAGGUUAUCGGGAAGUUUUCCAUUCGAACCGUUCCAAAUAUGGAAAGUGAAGAUGUGAACAAGCUUGUGUUCGACUACAUCAAAGCAGAAUUUGCCAAGCUGAAUAGCAAAAAUACUCUGGACGUGUGGCUUCAGCAUGAUGGAAAGUGGUGGGUUGCUAGCCCCAAACACUGGAAUUUCACCGCUGCAAGCAAGGCUGUUAAGCAGGUCUUCGGUGUAGAACCUGAUAUGACUCGUGAAGGCGGCAGCAUUCCUGUUACUCUAAGUUUUGAACAAGCAACAGGGAAGAAUGUAUUACUCCUGCCGAUGGGUAGCUCAACCGACGCUGCCCACUCGGUCAAUGAGAAACUGGACAAGAAGAAUUACAUCGAAGGUACCAAAUUACUUGGUGCGUAUCUGCACUACGUUGCGGAGGAGCCCGUCGGCGAAGUCUAG